GAGGUGGUUGUUGUCCGGGACUCCCCGCGCAACGAGCCGGAGUACUUGCACGGUUUCUUGCCCCCGGGCCUGCGCUUGCGCGAGCGCCCCAUCCCUCCCAAGGAGAGCAAGAAUCUCUGGAUUCUAGUCUUCUGCAACGCUGGUUACGACAACAAGCAGCCUUGCAACCACUGGAUGCCAGGGUGGUACCGCCAACAGCUGGGCGACGCAUUGUUCGAGGAGAAGGUUCAGGAGUCCGAGUCAUUGCUCGAAGAGCGGAUACGCGAGACCUCCUUGAGGCUGGAGCUUGCAGGGUGCGAUCUGGAGGAUGCCAAGAAUUCAGAAGAGGAGGCCGAGGCCUUGGCGCAUAUGGCUAGUUUACAGGAGGCCCACGGAUUGCAUCUUGGCUGA